GCCGCGGGGCGGGCAAACUUUUCCGUUUCAGUUAUACCCGUGCUCCUGUCGAACAAACACCGCUUUCACGGGUGUACUCUAAAUACAUAAUAUAUAUCACUCGAAUUAUAUACGAUAUAUAUAUAUAUAUAUAUAUAUAUUAAUUGUAUUAUACUCGCCAAUAGGUACCGGGCAUAAUAGACGCAUUUCAUUAAACAAUGGGCGGAUAUCAACAAAGACAAUGGACGCCGACCAAGAGACGAGGCCCAAUAGCUGCUGAAUUUUCCGGUCCCGGGCCAGCUGCGGUAGCGUUACCAACUCUCGUCGGAAAUUUAGUACCAGAAUCCAAACGUGGACGUGCACCAGCCUUUAGUUUUGGUGCUAGACACAACGAAAAAAAUGACAGCGCCGGACCGGGACCUGGUCAAUAUAACAUCACCGGGUUGAGUGCAAAAGGCAAAGACACACCGCCUGCGUCUACACUGCACUCGAGGCCCAAGGAGGUGAGGCCCGACAACUUUCCCGCACCGGGCGACUACAACCCGGAAAAGGCCGAGAAGGUGAUCCACGAACACUCGCCGCAGUACACGUUCGGACUGAAAACGCAGGUGGACAAGCCGAACCCGAACCCGGCGCCCAACGUGUACAACAUCCCGACGGUUAUGGGCGCGGCCAAGGAGGGGCACUUCAAGGCAGCCCCUUCGUUCAGCAUAUCCGGCCGCACCAAGGAAUUCCCGGACGGCCGGCUGCUCAACCCCGGCCCGGGCGCUUACAACGACGUAAGCGCAGACAGUAUUAAACCGAAAUCGCCGGCGUACACGGUCAGCGCCCGGUACAACAUGCCCGGCGACAGUUCCCCCAGACCCGGCCCGGGAGCGUAUUCUCCCGAAAAGGUUCAAGUCGAUUUGUCCCAAGCACAUUCGUUUGGAAUUAAACAUUCACCGUAUUCUAAUUCUUUUGGCAUUGGUUACUGAAUGAAAAUGAAAACAAUUUAACAAGUUAAUUGAUACGCCUAACAAAAUAUAUUGCUUUCGAAUACAAAGUGAAGCUACCAAGAAAAAAUUGUUUUUAAAUAUUAUACUAUGAAUUUUUUUUACUGUAAAAUUAUUAUUGUUUUGAAAAUCAUAAAAAGUAUGAAAUAUGAAUCAUUUAACUAACAAACAAAAAUAUGAAAUACAUUUAACUAACAUAAAAAUUGUAACUUUGAACAAUUACAUUAGUUAUACAAUAUUGUCUUA